UACGUGUACCCCUCAGAGAUGCCGCGUGCUCAAUGGCCAAUAAUCGCUUCGCCUAAUGUCAUGUAUUUUACUGUCAAAAUUUCAUAUCGUAUGUUCGACUUGUGGUACUUGUUAAAUUGUUAUGUGUGAAUAUCGUGUUGUAUAUGUUAAUGUCAAUCAGAUCUCGUAGAAAUGGUGAAUGUAGACGCCAUACGAAAGAAUUAUCCAUUGCAUUGGCUCGUCUGGCAUAACAGCUAUGUAGAACUCGACAAGGAACUAUCUACAAAUCAGUAGAUAAGAAGGCAGUGCGAUUAUUCGUCUGAUUCAAUGAUGAUUCGUCAUUUCAAAGUACUCUUGAUAUACUAUUUGCACAACAUGAUAUAGAAAAACAUGACAAUCGAGGAAGGACACCGCUGAUGCUAGCUGUAACUCUAGGUCAUACAAAUUCCGCUAUAGUACUAAUAGAACAUGAAGCGAACGUUAAUACUGAAAAUACUCAAGGAUGGAGUGUGGUCCAAGAAGCAGUUGGCACAGGAAAUCCCGAAUUGUUACAAUUGGUACUUGCUAGGAGAGAUUAUCAGAGAUACUGUAAUCGAGUAGCUGGAAUACCAGAAUUACUUCAUAAGCUCAAGCAGGCACCUGAUUUUUACGUAGAAAUGAAAUGGGAAUUUACAAGUUGGGUUCCUCUCGCAUCCCGGAUGUGCCCAAGUGAUACCUAUAAGGUCUAUAAGCAAGGGAGUAACGUGAGGAUUGAUACUACUUUAUUAGGCUUUGACCAUGCAAAUUGGCAACGCGGCAAUCGUAGUUACGUCUUCAAAGGACAAACUGCAUCAAAUUCGCCUGUGGCAAUCAGAUGUGAACGCAGUUAUGUGUUCAGUGUGGAUGGUUAUCACACAGAUGAUGGAGCAACAAUGAUGGAAGUGGAUCACGAAACAAAGAAAGUCUACGUCGAGCAUAUAAAACUUCUAGGAGACGAUAAUGUACAAUUAAUGGAGCCAUCUGAGGAAGGUGUGAUAGCUCGACUUACCAAUCCCAUAGUUACGACGUAUAUAGACACGGAUAAAAUUAGUUUUGAACGGAAUAAAGCAGGUCUAUGGGGAUGGCGUUCUGAUAAAAGUGAGGUAGUAAACGGUCACGAAUGUAAAGUUUUUAGCGCGAGCAAUGUAGAAUUAAUAACGAAAACCCGGCUGGAGCACUUAUCUGAAGCUGAUAAGGCAAGGGCGCGAACCCCAAGGACACCUUUACAAUCAUUUCUUGGUAUUACGGAACAGCAGCAAGAAAGUAGCAGCGCUGUCGCUACCAGUGAAGAAUUCAAUAAUAUAGGUAAUCCCUCCAAUAUUACUGCUGAGGAAUACUUUGAUCCAAAUGUCGAUUUAAAUGGACGGGACAUAGGUAGACCGAAAGAAGUUAAUACAAAAAUACAAAAGUUUAAGGCAACUUUAUGGUUGAGUGAAGAUUAUCCGUUAAGUUUACAAGAACAAAUUAUGCCAAUCGUAGAUUUGAUGGCUAUAUCUAGUUCACAUUUUGCCAAAUUAAAAGAUUUUAUACAAAUGCAACUUCCAGCUGGUUUUCCUGUUAAAAUUGAAAUUCCAUUGUUCCACAUUCUCAAUGCAAGAAUAACGUUUGGAAAUAUAUUUGGUUUGGAUCAAGGAGUACCGCAUGUGGGUCAUUUACAAGAAACUAAUCGUGUAACUUGCUUAGUCGAUGAUAUUUGUUUCGAAGCACCAAGUGGAUAUGUCAAAUUAGGUGCGGAAGUUAGGACACAAUUUAGCAUUGAAGAAGAAGACGACUUGUUACAAUUUGCAAUUCAGCAAAGUCUUUUAGAAGCUGGGAGUGAACGUGAUGAGAAUUUUGUAAAGGUUGAUAUAUGGGAAGCUUUAAGGGCACAAAAGCCAUCUAGGCCAACUACGCCUAACAUGACUACUGAAGAAGAAAGACAGCUUCAAAGAGCGAUUCAAGCUAGUUUGGUAUUGUAUCAAGAAACUGCAGCCGGAUCUGCUGAAGGUACGGCAAAUUCAGCUGUUAUAAAUGAGAAUGAGGAUAGCGAUUCUCUCGAGAGUACGGCGGAACAACUGAGACUAGCGCUAAAACUUUCCGAGCAACAACAAAUAGAAGAGGAGCAACGCCGAUUGUUGGAAGAAGAAACGUUCCGUCAAGUGCUGGAGUUGUCCUUGACGGACAAAUGAACUUCCCAAAUGUGCAAUAGUGAGAAAAACAAGCUAAUUAAGAAUAUACUUCCAAAAACGUGAGAUAUCUUCCAGUCUCAUUAAAACGAGACUGAUUAAAUAAUAUAAAAUAAAAAGAAAGAAAAAAUCAUUUCCUACAAUUUAUAGAUUGCAAAGUGCAUUAAGGAAUAAUAAUGUUGCUUACAUUGCAAUGAACGUUCGUGAUUCGUUAUGGAAAUAUAACUUACAUAAAUGCAAGCGGAAAUAAAAAUAAUAUAGCAUUAGUUAAUCAAGAGUGAAUAAUUUAAAUUAUUGAUUUCGUAAUGACAUUUUAUAUGAGACAAAACUCAAUAAUGUAGACGUUUCAGCAAGCAUGUAAGGAAGUCUUGAAAAUUACAAUCGCUCUUAAAGAAAGGUGCAAUCACAAUCGACAAACAAGUAAAUAAUAUUUGUAUAAACUCUAUUAAGUGAAAGUAAAUAAUGUGUGUAAGUUACGAUUGUUAAUAUCUAGAAUAAAAGGCGUGUAAUUCUCAAGCUUUCAAGAAUUAUUCGUUCGGUCUUCUUCCUCCUCAGUUUUAUUCUUAUUUUAAUUAUAUAUUUCAAAAAAUUUUUUAUAAUUGCACCAUUAUUAAGAAUUAUAAUCAGAAUAUAAAAGAGAUAUCAUGAUUCAAAUCAAACAUUUUUAUAGAGAUUUCUCUCAUUCCUGUAGUAACAACCUAAUUCUAUAUUUGAAAGCACGAUGAUGAAUUAUGAGAAUUUGAGAACUGUAUAUGACUAUAUAACAGCAUUUAUAAGUGCAUUUAUCCUGUUUUAAAGCUUGUCGUAAAGAAUAAAUUGAGGACGUAUGA